AUGAGGAGAGAAGGGGGAACAUCCCAAGACGUGCGAGGAGAAACACCAAUCGAAGAAGGAAACGAUGUACACGAGGAUGGCAAUGGCUCGGACGGACACAGGGAUAAGAGACAGAAGCGAAACGAUAACGACGACCCACGCACUGGGUCUGUGCCCGGAUCGAGCUCAGGGCCAGGAACGACGGAUCAGGAAUUGUAUUAUGACCUGAAAAUUAAACGGAGUGCGUCCGGGGUUGGCCCACAAACACAUGAUCCAGAGCUGUAUGAGCGGAUACAGAGGGAUGCACGGGCAGGGGUAUAUAUUGGUCCAGGAGCUGUCGUGGUGGCUAGAUGUACGCCACAUCAACAACCACGGAGAGACACAUCUCAUAGCCAUGGCCAUGCUGCAGGCGACACCCUGACCCCUGGAGGAAGGGAGAGAGCAGGGGAUGGCCAAGCUGAAACGGGUAUUUCGGCUACAGGCACACCAAGUGAUGCUGAUGAGCUCCCUGCUGUGAGAACGAAGAAACGAGCUAGAGUGGAAGACAGCUCAGAGGAGCCAGGCUCUGGUGUCGGUGAGAGCAGUAAUACUGCCAAAAUAGACAAGGGCAAGGGCAGGGCUGUUGAAGGAAAUAAUCGCUCUGAUUCAGUUGACCAUCCGAGACAAAGUGGUGCUGUGUCCGAAUCUGGCGAGAUUAAGACGAGGCCUGAACAUAUCCCAUACAGCAGAUUCUACCAAGAGAGGCUCGUAAAAAAGCUGCGGAGGGAGUUCGGUCGUAUGGGCCGAAGACGCUUACUGCUUCAUUUCCCGCAGCCCACACAUCCUACUCGGCGGAUUAGAACGUGGAGUGCACCGGCCAUCAGCCACCUGGGUAGCUUUGGUCAGACAUUGGCUAGUGCGCUUCCAUCUUGUCCACAGCUGACCAGGCCCGGCCGACGGGUUGGUCUCAUUAACGAUGGGAAGACACCUGUCAUAAAGGAGGAGAGAUUGUCCGAGGAAAUAGAUCCGCAACAGUUUCCUCUUCCAUCUAUUGAAGAAGAGCCUGAAGGUGAAGCAGGGACGUCAACAAGGAAUGAGGUUGAACGUCUGGUUUCAGGGAGUAUAUCACAGCAACCUCAUGGCGAGGCUGAACCCGAAUCUGUAGUAGAGGGGCCACCCAGACGGGCUAGGAGACAGGCUGCUAUCUCAGGAAGAGAGAAGAUGCGGGAGCACACUGCACCCCCAUCACGACGCGGUACACGAGGACCUGCUGCCAGAAAGACGCCUGCUGCGCCUUCUGCAGAGUCACGGCCUCAGACAAGAGAGCAGAUUUCAGUAGAAAUCCCAGUUACCGUCCCCAAAGUACACGAUCAAGAAGAGCAAGCUGAAAGCAGCACCCGGCCAAAGCGAGCCACGACGAGCAGGGCAAAGAGCAAAGCUCCCAGUAAAGCCCCGGCAGCGGGAAAGGCCACUCCCGCGCCCGAAACAGCCAAAGCAGCAAAGGUAACCAAAGCAGCUCCUAAGAGGCCAACCGCAAAGGCGAAGACGCAGGCUAAGGGCAAAGCCGCUCCCAAAUCGACGGCCGUCAGCAAGGCAGCCAAAGGAGGCGCUGAGCAGCCCUAUUGCCAUCUCCUCUCUUCUCUUCGCUUCUCUUCUUCUGCUCUUUUAUUGUCGUUCUUCGUCUUCGUCUUUUUGAUAUCAAAAUUUACGUCAUGA